ACCACGCAGGCAGGACAGCCCAGCACAAUCCAGUAUUUGCUCAGAAUCCAGGCACCGUAAAGUCAGCCAUUCAGAAAAAAAUCUCGUCUUUCAGAUCAUUCAACCUAGACUCCUGCCUCAUUUCACCCGUGACUCAGCUUAGACAACUGAUCAACUACAGAGCAGCUGCUGUCUUAAUGGAGAUUUAAAAAUGGACCUUCAGAAAUACUAGGUUUACAAUGAGAGGCGUCACGUUUCAAUGUUUAUUCUAUGGAUCCUUGAUAUUUGGGAUCUGGACAGCUCUGUUGUAUGUAUAUAUUCACCAUAAUCAUGUAAGCAACUUGGAGAAGAAAAACCAGGGGACUGCAUUAAUUUGGUCCCUUGGAAAAAAAUUGCAACAGCAAAUUACCCGGGACCCCAAGCAAAUACCGAGACUGCAUGUAAGAUUUGAAAUGCCUGACAAAUAUGAAACUACAGAAUACAAAACCUUUUUAAGAUCAGGUAAGGACACUAACUAUUCAAAGCCAGAAUAUAUUGCUGGAUUUUUAAAAUAUGGAUUUAAUGCCAUUCUCAGUAAAAGCUUGGGCAGUGAGAGAGAUGUGCCAGAUACGAGGAAUAAAAUGUGUCUUCAAAAACAUUACCCAGCCAACCUACCUACUGCCAGCGUGGUUAUUUGCUUCUACAAUGAGGAAUUUAACGCCUUGUUUCGGACCAUGUCCAGUGUCAUAAACCUCACUCCACAGUACCUCCUUGAAGAAAUCGUUUUGGUAGAUGACAUGAGCGACUUUGAUGAUUUGAAAGAGAAACUAGACCAUCACCUGGAAAUUUUUCGGGGAAAGAUUAAAUUCAUAAGAAACAAGCAGAGAGAGGGGCUGAUCCGAUCGAGGCUGAUGGGAGCUGCUCGUGCUUCAGGGGAUGUGCUCGUGUUCCUGGAUAGCCAUUGUGAGGUGAAUCGUGUGUGGCUGCAGCCCUUGCUGCAUGCCAUUGCCAAGGACCCCAGAAUGGUGGUGUGUCCUCUGAUAGAUCCCAUCGACCACGAAACCCUAGAGUACAGGCCCUCUCCGGCGGUAAGGGGUGCUUUCAACUGGCAUCUAGAAUUUAAAUGGGAUAACGUUUUCUCUUAUGAGACGGAUGGACCAGAAGGAUCCACUAGACCCAUCCGGUCGCCUGCAAUGGCUGGAGGAAUUUUUGCUAUAAAUAGGCAUUAUUUUAACGAGAUUGGACAGUACGACAGAGACAUGAAACUCUCGGGAGCAGAAAAUAUGGAACUUUCACUAAGGAUCUGGAUGUGUGGAGGCCAACUUUUCAUACUCCCCUGCUCGCGAGUGGGACUCAUCAAUAAGCCGCGCUUUCCCAAUCGACCUGGUUUUAUGAAAUCCGUGACCUAUAACAAUCUCAGAUUGGUGCACGUUUGGCUGGACCAAUACAAGGAGCAGUUUUUUUUACGACAACCUGGUCUGAAAUCUGUUGCCUACGGAAACAUCAGCGAGCGCGUUGAACUGAGGAAACGGUUGGGUUGCAAACCAUUUCAGUGGUAUUUGGAUAAUGUCUUCCCAGAACUGGAGACAUCUGGACAGCCAAAGAAAAGGAAACAAAUCAUUUUCAUUAAUGAAGGGCUAAAAACCUCUGAGAUCUUCAACACAGCAAAGAACACAGUUCCAGACCUGAUGCGAGUUUGGAACAACAUGAAAUUAUGUGACAUGCAAAAAAAACCCAAGCCGCCCGUCACAGACCCUCAGGGCCGCCGCCGAGCCGGGAGCUUCGCGAACGCUGCAGACUUCGCCAGCGCCACACCAGGCGCGGGCGGUGACGUCACCCACGCGCGGGGGCGGGGCCUUCUGUCACGUGGCUCCAGGGGCAAGCGCGCUCAGUCUGAGACUGCGGCGCGGGAGUCCGCGGCCAGCACUGCGCCCGUGCCUCAAGCUAGCGGCUCCGGCGCGCGGCCCCGAGAUCCCAAGGCUGAAGGCUGCGCCCGGGGCCUGACGCCCGGCUGCCCGCUGCGGAGUCGGACCGCGAGCACCGCCCCCGGGGACUGGGUGUUGACGGAGGAACCGCCCGCGGGACCCGGCGCGCCCCUGUCGGCGGGUCUGGGCCGCGCUGGGGUCGCGGAGCCGUGGGCCCGGGGCUCCCGCCGCUGUUUCUCGGAACGAGGGUCGGAGCCCUGCGGCUCGGUCUUCCGAGAGAAGGAGGUGGUGCGGCAGAGGCGGUAA